UCUCCGCGUGCACUCUGUGCGUGGGCAUCCCGUUGGUGUUGUGGCGGGGGUGUAGUAACCCUGGCAAGCAGCACCCCCGCCCCUUCCAUCUGGGGUUCCUGUUAGGGUCGCCCCUGGUGGGCGGCUCUAGAAUCUUGAAGAAGAACUCGAGAACGCAAAGCGGAGGCACGCGUUGUGCGACCAGAAAAAUGGCGGCGGCGUCGGUGUCUGUGGCUUCUGAUUCUCAGUUGUCGAAUAUCUUAGCUGAACCAUCAAAGUCAAAUGGAAAUAUGGUUCAUCGUUCUUCGUCUUCAUAUGUAUUAUAUCCACCUGAUAAACCUUUCCUUAAUAGUGAACUACGUCGCUCCCCAAAUAAGCCUACAUUUGCCUAUCCAGAAAGCAAUAGCAGAGCCAUAUUUUCUGCUCUAAAGAAUCUUCAAGAUAAAAUUCGACGCUUGGAACUUGAGAGGAUUCAGGCAGAAGAAAGUGUGAAAACUUUGUCUAGAGAAACAAUUGAAUAUAAAAAAGUACUAGAUGAACAGAUACAAGAAAGGGAAAACUCAAAGAAUGAGGAAUCAAAGCAUAAUCAAGAACUGACUUCUCAGUUGGUAGCUGCAGAAAAUAAAUGUAAUCUUUUAGAAAAACAAUUGGAAUACAUGCGGAAUAUGAUAAAGCAUGCAGAAAUGGAAAGAACAUCUGUUUUAGAGAAACAGGUGAGCCUAGAAAGAGAACGACAACAUGAUCACACACAUGUUCAGAGCCAACUUAUAAAACUGGAUCUUCUUGAACAAGAAUAUAAUAAACUUACCACCAUGCAAGUCCUUGCAGAAAAAAAAAUGCAAGAAUUAGAAACAAAACUCCAUGAAGAAGAACAGGAAAGGAAACGUAUGCAAGCUAAGGCAGAUGAGUUGCAGACUGAUCUGGAAGCAAAGAAACUUACCUUUGAAGAUAAAACAACCUCAUAUACUCCUAUUGCAAGAAAAAUUAAAAAAAAGAAGUCAAAACCAUCAGAAAAGAAAGGACCUAGAAACUAUUUUGGUGCACAGCCUCAUUACAGAUUAUGCUUACGUGAUAUGCCAUUUGUGGCUGGAAAGUCCACUAGUCCUAGCCAUGCCGUGGUAGCCAACGUUCAGCAUGUCUUGCACCUAAUGAAACAACACAGUAAAGCUUUGUGCAAUGAUCGAGUAGUGAGCGACACCCCUUUGGCAAAACAAGUACCUUCACGAAGUAGCAGAAGUAAGAAGUCAGCCACACCUCCUUCUUCCAGCAGCAUCAACGAAGAAUUGGCUGAAGUCUUACAGACUUUACAGGAUGAGUUUGGCCAGAUGAGCUUUGAUCACCAGCAGCUUGCAAAACUUAUACAGGAGUCACCAAACACUGAACUAAAAGACAGUUUAGAGUGUGAGCUGGAGGCAUUAGUGGGAAGGAUGGAAGCAAAAGCCAACCAAAUAACUAAAGUUCGGAAAUAUCAAGCACAGCUGGAGAAACAGAAGUUAGACAAGCAGAAGAAAGAAGUAAGAGCUAACAGAAAGACUCUUGAUGAAGAAGGAAACAGCAGCAGCCGAUCUUCUGGGGCCAUAGGGACCACAAGUAAGAAGGAUUUUGCCAAACUGAGACCUGGAGAAAAAAGCAGGAAAAAUCUUCAGUUAUUGAAGGACAUGCAAACCAUACAAAAUUUAUUACAAAGCAGUAAGGUGUGUUGGGAUUACUGACUGCUCACACCAGGUCAUAAAUUUUAUUCAGAUGAUCAGAUAUUGACAAUUUACUUUCCAGGUUUCAUACUUAGAUUGGAAUUAAUAGCAGGUGUUUUAAGAGAUUAGAAUUCCCUAUUUUGAACCAUGAACACAAAUGAAAACCAAGGGAGUUUUAAAACUUGAGAGGUCACAUUCUUGAAGAUGAAUGCACUGUACUGGUAUAUUGCACUUUGUAAACAAAGUACCAGGUUUUUACUUGUGGUGUGACUUUUUAAAAAAAUUUUUUUACAUAGGUAUGUGUGUGUAAAUUAGGUUUAAAUUUCCAAAAUACGAGGCUAGCCCUACAGGCAACAUUUGCUUGAAGAGUCUCAUUCUUAAAUAUUCCCUGGCAUCAAGUGCCCACUUCCCUUUUUCAUACAACUAUUAAAUAUAUUUACUUUUGACUAUUGAUGUUUUUUCUAUAUUUAACUAUUUAUGUAUUUAAGAGGAUUUUGUUUCUCUGAUAUUUUAAUCAUUGGUGCAUUUCUUGCUUUUUCUAUCUGCUGUUUAAAAUUUUUAAAAAUUCAAGGAUCAUUUAAAUCACUUACCUAUCAAAUUAUGUGUAUUUUUAUGAGUAUAGAUUGUUAAUGAAAUAACAUUUUGGAAAAAGGUGAGACAGAAGGGAGCUGUUGUGAAAGCAUACACGUGCAGCUUUUCAGCACCUUUUUGUAAUCAUGUUAUUCAAAGCAUUGUGGUUUUAAUUUUGAAAUGUAGAAAAGCCCUUAAAUAUGUUUUUAGUAUAGAACAUGAGUGCAGUAGGAACUGUACACAUAUAAUUAUCAUUCAUUGUAAAUGUGAACAGGUCAAAACGUUCUUUUUAGAAUUUUGCCACUGAAGUCAAUAAAGGAGCUGUUUUUAAAGACACACUGGAAUUUUACUUAGCCUAUUGACAAAAGCUUUGUUGUAAACUUUCAAACAUUAACACUGCAUAUACUGUCUUAUACUUAAUUUGCCAUUUUAUGCUUACAUAGUUUGCCCAAGAAGACUGAAUUACUUCAUGAUAUCUAAGAACCUUUUAAGAGGGCUAAUGAGCAGGUGAGCUACUUAUGAAAAGAAUUCCUUUUAUGUGCCUCUUUGGGAACUGAGAUGGAAGAUAAGGAUUAUAUCUACACAAGCAACUUUAAUUUUUGUAGCUGCUGAUUACUAGGCUUAUCCAGCCUCUUGUUAAAUUUUCUUGAGUUAGGAAUCCUUAAUAUAGAAUCCUUGCAUAGAUUGAGGUAUUUGUGAAUCUCCUGAAAUUGCAUGUAAACUUUUGCUUGUGUGUACAAUUUUCUGAUGACGUUUGUAGCAGUGAAUUAAGGAUGAGACUGUAGAUCUGAGGAAGAUGAAAAAUUGCUCUAUUGACCUGGUAAAUAUUUACUGUCUCUCAUUUCCCAUUUUAACUAUUAAACUUUUGUGAUCUCUU